AUGAAGAAAGUACAACCGAGCGGAGCACAGAAUAGAAAGAAAAAGAGGACCAGAGACGAAACUGAACACCUUCAAAGAGGCGCAUUAAAUGCAUGGAUCAAAAGAAGAAAUGUUGAUGUAGAAGUGAAAGGUGAUGCGUGUUCAGGACAAUCAACCUCACACGAUUGUUCUGAUAUAAACCCUUGUCAGUCUGAACCAAAUGCAGUCUCUAGCGCGACUAGUGACACCCGUGAGCGCGAUGAUACGGAUCUGUGCAUGUUUUUGAAAGAAAAUGAUUUUGGCUAUUUGAGAAAGCAUAUUCCAGAUCAGCUAAAGAUGACAAUAGUUGAAUGCGGCCCAGAAAAAUAUCAGCACAAAAAUGGUCCGUUUCGCCCAACAUGUGACAAAGAUGACAGAUCUUUUACCAAACAGUGGUUUGAGAAGCACUCGACAAAUGACGAGGUUGUGCAGAGAAAAUGGCUGCUGUACUCUCCACAUAAAAACGUCUGUUAUUGUUUUGUUUUUGUUUUUGUUUUUUUUUCAAACGAGCAGUCGUCGUCAGCAUCAAAUUUUAGCCUGGAAAAAGGUUUCUCCAAAUGGAGAAAGCUGAAUCCCCGUAUACCGGAUCACGAGAAAAGUCCAUCUCAUAGAGCGUACAUGAGGGAAUACUUGAACCUUGUUGUUCGACUUAGGCAAUGCACCACAAUAGAUGCUGAGCUACAAGAACAAAUAUCUACAGAAAAGAAAAAAUGGGUAGCCAUAACUGAAAGGAUUGUUGAAAUAAUUUCAUUCAUGGCCAAACAGAACAUGGCUUUUCGGGGACAUCGAGGAGAAGGAAUGUGGGCUUUAGCAAAGCCAAAAAAAACAAUCAGUGAAAACACCGGGAAUUUCCUAGCAGUAGUUAGGCUUAUGGCAAAAUAUGAUGUUGUUUUAGCUGAUCACCUGCAGAGAGAGAAGGACACGCCUAAAGGUGUCACAUACUUAUCUAAUAGGAUUCAAAAUGAAAUUAUUGAUCUCCUUUGCAAAACUAUAAAGAGUCGAAUUAUUUUAGAAAUAAAGGCUGCUAAAUAUUAUACAAUAAUGGUAGAUUCAACUCCAGAUAUUUCGCAUGAAGAUAGGUAUCUCACAUUAUGA